GCUGGAGGGGCCUGUCCGGAGUAGAGCGACAGAUGGAAGUCAACUGAUAGCAUCUAGUGCUAUCCCCACAGAAAUGACGGCAGAAGUUGGCCUGCCCCUCAAUCUAACAGAAGGCAAGUGAUGCCAGGUCGAUCUGAACUGCAAAGCAAUGAAGUCUAGCUUAAAAGGCCAUCAGAAUGUGUAUUUGGUACAUUACUUAAUGGGGUAAUACACAAUGGAUCUAUUGAUUGGAAAUAAUAUAAGCCAAGAAAAGCAUGUUAUAGAGGACAAAUAGGUCACUCAUUGUUUGACCAACAAUGUGUUAGACUGUGUGGGCAAGCUUUUACCAAACAGGAUUAGCCAUGUUAAACUAUACUGUGGUAAGAAAUGUGUAGAUGGAGUAAAGUUCCUACCUGAAUGAACUGAAAUGUUGAAUAUAUAACAGCCUCUCUAAUGGAUUAAAGAUCUUGAUAUUCAUAAAUGUUCACUUUCUACCAAUAUUUUCUAUGAGAAAAUAAUUUUUUGCAACAGCUUAAAAUGGUGGAUUAGAAUGGUAUAGUUUUGGAACUUACACAGUGCUUUGCACUAAAAAUUAUCAAUAGCCUAUUAUGGUUGGAUUGUGGGUUCAAGUCCCAUUUCAGAGCCAUGAGCACAAAAUCAAGGCUGACAUCCAAUGCCAUGUAGACAAGAUUUUUGGACACCUCGGACAGAUGUUUCAAAAAACAACAAGGGUACAAUUUCAGAGAAGAGCUGGAAAACUUGUUCCCAGUAUCCUGUCCAUUUAUCCCUCAAUCAACAUGCUUAAAAACAGAUUAUCUGGUCAUUAUCACAUAAGUGUUAGCGAGAAGUUGCUGCAUGCAAAUUGCCUGCCAUAUUCCCUACACUAUAACAGUGACUGCACUUCAAAAGUCUUUGAUUGUGGAGAAUUCCAGGAAUUCUGAAAGGAUGAACUAAAUGUGUUUUUUUUGUUCUGUGACCAUUUAAAAUGCAUUUUUGAGGUAAUUUUUCAUUUAUCUGUUGAAUGCACAGCAUAGUUUUGUAAAAGGAAAACAUUGUGGCAUUACAGACUCAGUUGUUACAUACCGUGUUGUAAAGGAUUAUACUGGUAUCUUCGUACCUUUCUACCUACUGUUGAUGCUUCUCUUUCACUUUUUCACUUGAUGUGACAUUCAUCUUCCAAGAUUGAAGCAUAUAUCUACAAAGUACCCAUGUUCAAACAAAACUACAAUCAUGUAAGUAAUUCAGAAGGAGGAACGAUGCUAUCUGAAGAAAAAGGCUGGCAGGCUGUACCAAUCAAAAUUGAAAGAAUGGAUGAAGAAGCUGAAUCAAGCAGUGCAGCUGAUGUGCAGGACUUCGAUAUAUAUAGUGCCAUGGAAUGGAAAAAUGGAGUGGGUAUCUUGCCUGGCAGUGAUCUAAAGUUUCGAAUGAAUGAAUUUGGAGCCCUAGAGAUUAUUACGACUGAAGAACAGGAUGAAGCCCCCAGUGCACAGAUUACGGAUGGACCAACAAAUAUAAGGAGGAAUGUUUACAGUGAAGCAUCUAAUGUACAAGCAGAAGGCAUUACUGAAGGUGGUAGUGCAAAUGACAUGUCCCACAUGGAAGGCAUCUGCUGCUUUGAAAACUGUGGAAGCUAUCGGGUAAUGGAGGAGUCCAAUCAACAUGAUUGCUUCUGUGGCACAAACUGCCAGCAACAAUACAAAGUUCAAACUUGCAAGAGUAAGUCAUAUUUCAAUACAAGAUUCUUCAACAGAAAGCCCAUUGUGGAGCAUGUACCAAUCAAGCAAAAUGCUGGAACAAUACUGAAAUGCAUCAAAAAGCGCAAGAAGAAAGUGAGUGCGAACCUAAAGGAAGAUUCUGAUGAAGAUUUUCAAGAUGGCCACAUGGAGGAAGUGCGGGAUGAUGGAAAAAUGAAGAUAAAAAUGUCUACAGUGCUGACUAACCACCUGAACUUCAAAAACAAUCGGUUUGCUGAACCAAAUUCCAAGUUCUCGAAACAGGCUGUGCCACUUCCUGGAAAGAAAAAGGCUUGGUCCUGGCAACAGUAUCUUGAAGAAGAGAAAGCAUUAGCAGCACCUCCUAAACUGUUUAAAGAGUGUCAGUUAGUUCCUCAGAUUAAAAAUGGAUUUAAAGUAGGCAUGAGAUUGGAAGGCAUCGACCCACGGCACCCCUCCAUGUUCUGUGUGUUGUCAGUGGCAGAGGUAUGUGGCGUUCGGCUGAGACUCCAUUUUGACGGAUAUUCGGAGUGUUUUGAUUUCUGGACGAACAUUGAUUCACCUGAUAUCCAUCCUGUGGGGUGGUGUGAAAAGACCAGUCGCAAAUUGCAUCUUCCUAAAGGCUAUAAGGACGAGGAAUUUAACUGGGCAAGCUAUCUGAAGACGUGUAAAGCCCAACCAGCCCCAAAGAAUCUGUUUAAAGUUCAGAAUACAACUGUUACUCCUUCAGGAUUUCGAGUAGGUAUGAAGCUGGAAGCAGUGGACAGAAAGAACCCCUCCCUGAUCUGCGUUGCAACAGUAACAGAUAUCAUAGACAAUCGCUUUUUGGUCCAUUUUGAUAACUGGGAUGAUACAUAUGAUUACUGGUGUGAUGCGAGUAGUCCAUACAUUCAUCCAGUGGGUUGGUGUCAGGAACAAGGCAAGACCCUUACUCCUCCCCAAGGACAUUCUGAUGCAGAAAAUUUUUCCUGGAAGAAAUAUUUGGAGGAGUUGGGUGCUACUUCUGCUCCAGCUCGUGCUUUCAAAGCGAGGUCACCACAUGGUUUCCAGGUGAAAAUGAAGCUUGAAGCUGUUGACAGAAGAAACCCAAUGUUGAUUCGAGUUGCAACAAUUGUAGAUGUUGAUGAUCAAAGGAUAAAGGUCUGUUUUGACGGGUGGAGUCAUAACUACGAUCUUUGGUUUGAUGCAGAUCACUCUGAUAUUCACCCUGCUGGAUGGUGUGCCAAGACAGGUCACCCACUGCAACCACCACUUUCUUCACAAGACCUUGUUGCAGUCCCAACUCCUGGAGGAUGCCCAACGCCUGGAUGCAAAGGUGUUGGGCACAUCAAAGGUGCCAGAUAUACAGGCCAUCAUAGUGCUUUUGGCUGCCCCUAUUCAGAGCUCAACCUGAAGAAAGAGUCAAUUCAAGACAGACUUGGAGGAGAGAAACAGAUGACCCUGGUGCCAAUACCUCUUCUUUCAAGAACUAAACGUUUGGAUAGUAAUCAUUCAAGUGGGAAGCCAGACGAGUGUGUUAAUGAAGCAAGAAGAUGUCCCACUCCUGGUUGUGAUGGAUCAGGUCACGUAACGGGGAAAUACGCUGCACACCAUCGAGUGUCGGGUUGCCCUCUUGCUGACCAAAAACAGAUCAAGAUCAAAAUUGAACCGCAGGAUGAAGAAGGGCCAUCGGAAAAUAAAGCAGUAUUUUCAUUCAUUCAGCGCAAAAGGACAAAACAUCAAGGCCGGCUAGCCCAACCAGCAAAAUACAUGAAAAUGAAAGAGGAAACAGAUGAUAUUGACCUGCCUAGUCUCCUCAAAGAUCUUUCAGUUGACAGCAUGCAACAAGCGCUCCACCAGUCUGUCUUCAUGUCAGCCAUGUCUGCUCACCCAGUUCGUGAUCUCCCAUUUUGCUGGGAGCAGCAUUGCAAACUUCUGCCUGGAGUGGUGAAUUUCCGAGCUAGCAAGGUGUCCCAGUGGAGCAUUGAUGAGGUUGCAAACUUUGUCCAGACUCUUCCUGGUUGCAAAGAACAGGCAAAGACCUUUAAGGAAGAGCAGAUUGAUGGAGAAGCAUUUCUUUUGCUGACACAGGUGGACAUAGUUAAGAUCUUGAGCAUCAAAUUAGGCCCAGCCCUGAAGAUUUACAACUCCAUUCUGAUGUUUAAAAAUUCUGAAGAUAAUUUGGAAUAGACAUUGUGGAUUGAAAAGGGCAACUGUUAAGUGAUGCUAUUCUUUUCUACCAAUGAAUAGUAAAAUUAUUCUCCUUGUAAUGAGUGGCACAUUAAACUGUAGAUAAUUUAUCAGCAAGAUUAACAGGGUAUAUGAAGAUAUUCUAAGAUAUUGUUGAAUUAAAAGAAUUUUUAGUCACAGUUGCUUGUCAGUAAGAUAUGGUGAAGUAAUUAAAUUGUGUAGUAGUAGAUGAUACGUUUGCAAGUUGCAUUUGUACAGUAGUUGUGGAGACAUUUCACAGGCAAUUCAGAUGAAAUUACAAUCUUACAAUAUAAAUAAUUUAAAAACACAGUUAGGCAAAGGUAGUUGUCUACCUGUGAGAUAACAGGUUUAAAGUAUAAAAUGGAUUUAUGCACUUUAAUAGUGUUACCAGACUUAGAACAAGGCAGGAGAUAAUCUGCAGACAGAGCACAAUAUGUUAAUCACUUUAGAGUAUGUAUUGAAAUAAGAUACAAUUUCUGUAGGUUUUUCAAUUACCUGUAUUACCUUCAUCUUUGGAUAUGUUUAGGUGGUGAAAUACCUCUGCAAAUAUAAUUGAUUAUUCCACAGCGCAUACUUUAAGGUCAAAUCUAUUUGCAGUUUGCUACUACAUAUGAUCGUAUGAGCAAGGAUACAGAAAUUUGCUAUUAGAUGUGCAAAUUGGCCCUCCAUCUUGACUAUGGGCCAGCUUUACACAGCAUCAUCUCUUUCUAGUAUUAGCUCGCCAACCUGCAGAAAACAAAGAACAGCCAUGUUAGCAGAAUAAUGCAAAAGAUCUUGCAACCUCUUAUACCAUAUAUAUGCAAGCCAUUCUUUCCCACACACACAAACACAAUUUAAAAUCCUGACUUCAAACAUACUGUGAAUUAUGGCACAAACCAAAAAAAGCAGCAAAAUGCUGUUGAAUGCAUUGAUUGUCUAAUAGAUCAACCUGACAGGAUAAUGCAAGAAUGAACUUUACUUAAUCACAUAUUAUCUAUGUGAUACAGAUAAUUUUCAGUAGAACAGCAACUUGUAUCCUCCUUACACCUCCAAUUCAUAUCUAUAGAAGAAAGCAAUAUUGCAGAGACUCUGUGUAUGUACUAGAGUAGUCAUAAAUUCUGAAACUCUGCUAUUUCCUAUUAUUGCAUGAAGCUUUAUCAUUGUUUUCAUAACCUUUUCAUGAUGAAUUCCUAAGGUAUUGAAAGUUUACUCCUCAAGGAACAAAGUGCAUAAUUUUCAUAAAUAAUAGGUGUGCCAAAUAAGAUGUGAAUUAAUAAGAAGUGCAUUUUGUUUUAGGAACUUAAUUUUUGUUUUGAAGGUGUGGAAACAUACUACAAUAGCAUGUUGUUUGCUUUUUGUAGUGGUUACUUUUUUAUUUGCGUUAUCAAGCUGUAGAGCUUUGCUAUUUGUAUACUACGUUUUUAGUGUAAUUAUGAGCACAUUGCAAUUUUUGUUUGUUAUUUAUGUUUGCACAAUCUGAUCCAAAAUGAUGUACUUUACCUUAAAAAAGGUUUUCUGAUGUACAUGGUGUUUUAUUAACUAUUGUAUAAGUAUUAUGCACAAUGUCUAUAUGGGUUAGGACAUGUUUAUUAUUAAAACUAAUGGUAUCAUAAACUGAAAAUUAUCUUUCCAAGAUGGAACAUUAGUUUAAAACAGAACUCUUAGAGCAGGAAUGCAAUAUGGUGCAUAUAAAACUCUGGUAUAUUUUCGUGGUUUUCUAUAUCACAAAUCAACUACACAACCUCUCCUUCAGCUAGCCUCAGUUUUUAUUUGUUAAUUAGUCAUGAUGUAUAACACAACUGACAUUAUUAUCAUUUUUGUUUAAAAUAUCCAGAGCGAAGUAGGAUUUCAUGAAAGAGCUAAGGUAUGGGAAGCUUAAUGGAUAGGAUUGAUUUUAUACUUUUUCAAAACAAGCAGUUGGAAAAAAUAAAAAGAAUGGACCAGUUGAACAGAAGCAUCUAUUUUUGUGGAAUAUUCAUUUUUAAUGUUUUUGUUUUUAGAAAGGGUGCGAUUCUUUUUUAAAAAAAAGUUUUGUAAGUUAGUUUUCUGUUGUUUCAUCAUCUAGAACAGAAAGUUAUUUCUGUAACUCAGAAUUUGUGCCUUGACAUUUGUUGUGGAGUUUGGCAACUAGAAGCAUAAUUUUUAAAGGUUUGAGAGAUGCAAGACAAUUCUUAUUUUUUAGCUACAUCAGGAAACGUGAUAAGUAUAAAAGUCAAAUAACAGACCAGCUACGUAAAUCAGUAAAUAACACUUUCAUACAUAAAGCAAUCCUUACUGUAGUUUACACCUAUACAGUUUUUUUUAAGUGCUAGAGAAUAUGUUUGAUAAGUUUAUUUACUAUACAGUAAUUGAUGCAACAACAUUAGAAUACUUCUGCUUUAAUAUCACCAGUCACUAUAUAUUACCCUUCAGUAUUGGUGCUGACAAUAAAGUUUUCAACAAAAAAACCUCAAAUGCUUCAAAUUCAUGGUUAGUAGGAGAUGGAAAAAAUGACAUUGAAUACCUUUUAUACUGUCAUUGAACAAAAUUGUCAUUAUUAAUAAAUCAAAUUGUUCCCAAUGAACACAGAGCCGUACAUUUUAAUAUGUAUAAUGUACAAGAAAGUCCAAAAUUUCUCAAUUCAUGGAAAGAGUUUGUUAUAUUUGUAAUACAGUGUUUGUAACCACACUUAGAUGUUGAUGAUACAUUGUUGAAGAAGAUAACUGUGUACAGGGGAUGCUUAAAAAUAAUCUCUCUUAUUCUGGCAUGCUGUACGUUACCUUCAAUUGGAAACUAUUUUUAACUGUGAUGUUUUAUCAAA